UCUCUUUUUGCUUCUCCAAUUUCUCAUGGUUGUAAUCAGUUUAAACAUCAAUUAAAUUAAUUAAUCAUCGAUUAAAUUAUUCAAAUAAUCAACAUGAUCAAGUGAAAGUGUUGCUUUUAAUUACUCACUAGUUGUUAAUUAAUUACAUUGGAAAGUUAAUUGUUGUCUCAUCGGGAAAACAUCAAUAAAAAAAAAGUUGGUUCAUUUUAUGUACAAUUGAUUAACUGCUGAUUACAAUUUGGAUUACUUGGUGAUGGUUGUGUAUGUGUUUCCAAAAGUGUAAAUUUAGUUUUGAUUAAGGAAGGAUUUAACUUAUCGCAAUUGAUUAACAAAAAAAAAAGGUUAAAGUUUAUCUGUGGUUCAUUGAUUGUUGUUUAUCUUUUGGUCUUCUAACCUGUUGGUUUCUUUUUUUUUACCGGUUAAAUUUAAGAUUUAAUAUGGAGCCUAUUUUGAAAAGGAAAGUUGGUUCAAUCUUGGAAGCCCUGGAAGCUGCCGCUUGUAGUGCCUUUAAUAUGCGAGAUUUUGAUAAGGAGAUUUCUGCUAUAUUGGUGCCUACUUCUGCUGGUUUACCAAGUAAAGAAAAUAUUACCACCAAAAAAGAUGAACCAGUUAUCAUUGGAGAUGAUUUUUCAUUUGUCCGUCACAAGCAAGAAUCUAUUCCUGGACUUUCGAUAGCUCAAGAUGAACCUCAAAGUUUCGUUAAAAGGGAAGGCCAAGUCUUUAAUGAUUUUAUUGGUGGACACGGUGCAAGUUUCAAUAGCAGAUUUAGACACGAUCGAGGAAGAGGAGGACUUUAUCGAUCAAGGAGAGAUAGUGAAGAUGAGCAAAAAAAAUCGGAAUCUCGAGAAGAAUCAGUUGAAAGAGGAGGAAUUGGUUUCGGUGGGAAUAGGAGAGAAGGAUUUGAUAAUGAGCAAAGAAGAUUCGACAAUGAUUCUAGAAGAUUUGAUAAUGAAUCUCGCCGAUUUGAACAUCGUGGUGACUCUUCUGAACGAGGAGGCAGAGGGUUUAGCGGUGAUGUUAGAAGAGGAAAUUUUGACCGAGGAAGAGGUAGUAAUAUCGGUGAGCAGAGAAGAUUUGAGCCGAGAGGAGGUUCAGUUGACCGAGGAGUCAGUGGUUUUGGUGGUGGUUUUGGAGGAAGAAGAGGAAAUUUUGACCGAGGAAGAGGUAGUAAUAUCGGUGAGCAGAGAAGAUUUGAGCCGAGAGGAGGUUCAGUUGACCGAGGAGUCAGUGGUUUUGGUGGUGGUUUUGGAGGAAGAAGAGGAAAUUUUGACCGAGGAAGAGGAGGAAAUGACAAUGACUUUAGAAGACCUCGAUUCGAGCCUAGAGGUGGUUCCGCUGAAAGGGGUGGAAACAAUAACUUCAAUAAUAGAAGAGGUACCGGUGGUAAUAAUCGUCGAAUGCGUCGUCGUAAAAUGACACCACAAGAAGAAGCCGAGGCUUUAGCACGAAUGAACGCAAGAGAUGCCGCAGCAGAACGAGCACUGAUGAUAGCGGGAGGGCAACUUCCGCCCGAUUCUUGAAGAUUAACCUCAACCUUUUCAUCAACUUAAUUUCACCUUUACGCCUGUUCAGUUGAUAAUAAACAUAAUGUUCAAUUUUCAUCAUAAAGAGGAAAAAAAAAAUCCUGAGAGCAGAAUCAAAGAAAAGCACAGUUAGUGAAAGUCUUCCAAACUUACCAAUCAUCAGAAUAGUAAUUUUGACUUAAAUCAAACCUUUACAAACUCUCUGAAAGUUAAUCGAAUCUAAAUUAUCAAACCAACACAUCUAAUCAACUCUUUCUCUUAAAACUGUGAUUUAAAUCACUUGUAAACUAAUCAUCACCCAUAAACUCAUUACAACAUUCAAAGCAAAGUCCAGGCAUCCAAUUAAUCAUCUUAAUCAACUUUACGAGACUAAAAAUUUUGUUUUGACAAUUUAAACGCUACAAUUGGCUAAAUCACUCAAACAGCCUAACCAUGUAUUUUCAAUAUACUUGCCCGAUAAUGAUUGUAAUCGUAAUCAAUUUAACCAUAAUCACCAUCACCACCGCUACUAAUACCAUUGUAAGUCUUAACUAAUUGUUGUUACUGUUUUUGCUUGUUACCUUAAUUAUGUUAAUCAUAAAAUCUCCUGUUAAAUUGUUGUCA